CAAGGUUAUAUGCUAACUUGUUUUACUCACUACUAGAGCGGUUGUUACCACGAGGAUGAAGUUGGAAGUUUGUUCCUACAGCGGUUUCAAAGUUUAUCCGGGACACGGAAAACGCGCUGUACGCAUCGACGGUCGUGGGUUCUACUUCAUAAACAAGAAAUGCGAACGGUCUCAUUUUUUAAAGCGUAAUCCGCGUGAGAUAAGCUGGACGGUGCUCUACCGAAGGAAGUACAAAAAAGGGAUAAGUGAAGAACUAGUGAAAAAGCGAACAAAACGUGUAACUAAGAGUGCUCGAGGUAUUGCAGGGGCAAGUUUAGCUGAAAUCAUGGCUAAACGUAAUCAAAAGCCAGAAGUUCGCAAGGCGAUGCGUGACCAAGCCAUACGUGCAGCUAAAGAAAAACAAAAGCAAAAAGAAAUGGAGAAGAAAGUGAAAAAGGUUGAAAAGAAAAAGCCUCAAGUAGCUCCAAAACAAAAAGCUACUAAGAUCACUCAGAAGGCUGCUCCUAGAGUUGGUGGAAAGCGUUAAUGGAUAUGUGACAAGCUUAUUAUUUUGUGGAAUAAAUUUUUCUUCGUAUUUC